UCGCUUGGCGUCAUUGUUGUUUAUGCACCUUAGCUUCAGCUCGGAACGGACCGUCUCUACUUUUAUCGAUUUAUAAACUUUCUGUAACGUUUGCAGUAAAUCCAGCUUCUUAACUGUUAAAGGAAACUUUAAAUCAACGAAAGCUAACAGAUGCGGAGACAUCAGGCUAAACAACGUCUGGAAGCAGCAGCGGACUGAACAGGCCCAGAUCAUGAAGAGGAACGGUCUCGUUUAAAAGAAAAAAAAAUGCAACAAAACAAAAUCCUGGAUGCUGUUUUGAACCCCAGAGUUCUUCCGCACAGAUUAGUGUUCCCUGCAGAUGUUCAGCAGACGGUGCUGAUUAAAGAAGAAGCUCCUGAAGAAUGGAGUUCUGGUGUGGACCAGAAGGACCCAGAGACCCUCAACGUAAAGGAGGAAGAGGAGGAACUGAGGACCAGUCUGGAUGUAGAGCAGCUCAGUGUGAAGGAGGAGACUGAUGACACCAGGUUCUCCUUCACAGCAGUUCAUCUGAAGAGUGAGGAUGAUGAAGAGAAACCUCUGUUCUCUGAGCUUCAUCAGCACCAAGUGGAAGAUGGAGAUCUUCCAACCAGCAGCUCAGCUGACCAGAUGAAAGCAGCAACUGGUGGAGAAGAUUGUGGAGGAUCAGAAAUAUCAAGGCUUCUGGAAAAAUCAGCUGCAGAUUAUGAAGAGAAACAUUCUUAUUUAAAGGAAAAGGAGCAACAAAACCAAAUCCUUGAUGAUGAUUUCAGUCACAACGUUCAUCACUACAAAUUAGUGUUCCCCGCAGAUGUUCAGCAGAUGAUGCUGAUUGUAGAAGAAGCGUCUGAAGAAUGGAGGUCUGA